AUUCAUUUCAACGUUCAUUACAUAGAUUUUUGCGUAGUUAAGUCAGGUUAUUGGUUAGAUAGAGAGUCUUGAGCUAUCCAGGCAAAAUAGGGAAAUAUUCACCCCCUAAGGUGAUAUUUCUAAAACUCACUAGCAUAGGAAAACAAAUAAUUCCUCCUCUCCCUCUAACCGAGGCGUCCAGGCCUAACUAUGUCAAUUUGAAGAAGCACUAGAAAAUUUAAAACUAAUUUUGGAACGAUUAUCAAUCCUAAACUUAAAACUAAAAACAAAAAAAUGCAAAUUUAUGUUCAAUGAAACAAAACUAUUAGGUCAUAAAAUUGACGGAAAAAAUAUAUAUACCCUUGAGAAAAAUAUCGAAAAAAUUAAAAAAUUUCCAAUCCCAAAAAACGUUAAAAAAGUGCGCAGUUUUCUUGGCCUCACAGGCUAUUACAGGAAAUUUAUAAAAAAUUACGCAAACAUCGCAGCACCCCUAACAAAUGAGACAAAAGGUAAUCCCAAGGAAAAUAACCCAGUUACAUGGAAUGACACUCUAAACAAUUGCUUUGAAAAAUUAAAAAAGUUAUUGACUGUUGAACCAGUACUUGCAAUCUAUAAAGAAGGUCGAAAAACAUUUCUUGAGAUUGAUGGUUCAAGCAUUGCCGUAGGGGCUGUAUUGAGCCAAAUCAACGAAGAUAAUGAGAAACAUCCGAUAGCAUUCUUUUCAAAAAAAUUGUUACCACGCCAAAGCACAUAUUGUGUGUAUGACCUCGAGUUAACUGCAUUAGUCGAGGCUGUAACACAUUUUCGGGAAUACCUAUAUGGUCAACGUUUUACUGUACUAACCGACCAUGUAGCAUUAACGCAUUUUCGCAAUGCAAAACAGCCAAAUGCCCGACUCGCUAGAAUGGUUGAAAAAUUGAGCGAUUAUGAUUUUGAAAUUAAGUAUAUAAAAGGGGCUCAAAAUAUUGUUCCUGACACUCUGUCACGUACGAUUAUAAAUGUUACAACUCGCCAACAAACAAAAAAGUUGAAAACUGAAAAUAAUGAGAAAAAUGUCAAAAAUGAUAACAGAAGUGAAAAUCUUGAACCAAUUGAUGAAACGAAGCCCCAAAAUGAUGAAAAACUAGGAAAAAUUAAACAAUCACCUAAGGUAAAGAAGAUUGAGAAUGGUGAAAAUGAAAAAUGUGAUGAAAACCCAAAUAAUGAGAGAAAAAAUGGGGAAAAUGAAGGAAGGGAAAAAUGUGAGGAAGGUACAAGUGAGACAACAAGUGAAACAGAAGAAGAGACUACGACCUUGGAAAAUUUGUCUGAGAAUAAUGACUUCAAAAAACCAAAUGAGGAAAAUGAAAAUGAGGAAUUAGGAAAAAAUGUUGAUAGUUUGAAUCUUGAAAAUGCACAAAAACAAGACAAAUUUUGUAAUGAGAUAAUUCUUGCAAAGUCAGGUCUGCUGAAAGGAGGAAAAAAAUAUGUUGACAAAAUAAAAAAAUGGGCAAAAAGUUACGUGGUUGAAGGGAAAAUUCUAAAAUUUAAUUUAAGGGCAAAGGAAGGUUUAAGGAAAUUACCAGUUAUUCCAAAAAAUUUACGACAAGAAAUAAUGACACAAUUUCAUGACAAAGCUUUAGGGGGAGGACAUUUUGGGAGAUACAAAACAUUAGAAAAAAUAAAGCAAUACUAUUUUUGGCCUGGGAUACGAAAAGAUGUAGGAACUUACGUAAAAAACUGUGAGAGAUGUCAAAAAACACAAAUUGUCAAAGGGAAAACAUUUGGGCUCCUAAACCCAAUACCGGUUGACGAUCCCUCCCCUCUUGCCCACCUAGAACUUGAUUUCGUGGGAAAACUUCCAGAAAGCUCAGGGAAAAAUUAUAUAUUGGUUGGGUCGUGCAGAAGCACAAGAUACUCGUUUGCAAAAGCCACGAAAGCAGCUGAUGCAGAUUCAGUUAUUGAACUUUUACACGAAAUCAUGACAACGUUUAGAUUACUGAAAAAAAUAACAACAGAUAGAGGUACACAUUUUGUAAACAAAAAAUUACAAGAGGAAUGCCAGCUUUUAGGAAUAAAACUAUAUCACUCUACCACCUACUCACCUCAAACUCAAGGUGGAGUAGAACGAUUUAAUCAGACUUUAAAACACACACUCACGAAAUACGUCCAUGAAAACCCAAAUCUUUGGUCAAAAUAUUUACCAUACCUAAUUUUUACGUACAAUAUAAGCCCAAUGGAAACCUUGAAAGGUCUAAGCCCGUAUUUUCUUAUGUUUGGGAAGCAUGCCACCCUGCCAAUUCAAAAUAAAAUACACCCUCAGGGUGAACAAAUUGAUAGAACAGGCCAACUUCUCAGAUUACAAGAAUUACGAGACAAAGUACCAAAAUGGAUUGAUGAAAAAAAUACUCGAUCAAAAGAAUUUUAUGAUGAAAAUCGAAAAAAUUUAGAUAUAAAACCCGGUGAAAAGGUCUUAAUUAAUAAUCCGCGAAAAAACAAAGAUGGAAUUUUUGUAGACACAUUUCUGGGACCAUAUACAGUAAAAAAUAAAAUUUCUGAUCAAACUUACGUAGUUGAACAAAUCAUAUGUGGAAAACCAAAAGAUGAAAAAGUUCAUGUCAGGCGACUAAAAAUUUUUAACGAAAAUGCGACCCUGUGAUAAAUAAACUUUUGUUUCUCAUCUGUAAGUAAUACCAUCUCUCUCUUUUAGGAAUUAUUACUAAACUUUUGGUGUACUUGUAAAUUAUUCGAACAAUUUACUUGAAUCGUAUAAACUAUACUAGAGGUAACGUAACAUAACAAAAAAGAAAUCAUUCUUUCAACUUUACGAUAAAAUUGUUCAAACCAAUGAGGAAAGUUCUCCAUUCUGAUUUAGCGGUUAGAUUAGGGGAUAAGAUGAGGGUUGUGCGCUAACACUACCCAAAUCACAAAAAUCAUUGAAUGAACAAUAAUAACUAUUCACGUAAUAUUAUGAGAACGAUUUAAAAAAAAAUGUUGAGAGAAAUUGGUGUAGAGUAGAGAAAAAAAAAAACCAAAAAAUCUCAAUUACGUAUUUCAAUAAUCAAAAAUUUGACCCUAAAUAAAGACGUUAUUAUUAAUAUAUUGUUAAGUUAUUUUUUUUUGGUGGAACUAUAGUGUUAUUUUAUGCUAAUUUUACAGAUAACAAUUUUAAUCUCAAUUGUAUGCACGAUAUUGGCUGACAAUGAACUAAGCACUCAAAUUAUUGCCGGAGGCUAUUUUGUUCCCCUCCGCGCACUCAUUCCAUACCAAUAUACUUACCCGUCAAAAUUAGUUUAUGUAAGGAAAAAAUUUUUUUGAAAUUGCUGAGGCAACAAAACAAAACUGGAGCUCGCAUCGCGUGAUUUAACGGUAUUUUAUCGAAAAUAUGGAAGGGAAUUGUAUUUGGCAAUAGAAAUAAAAACCACUGUGGAUUAUUAUUCACUUUUCGGCCUGAUUAACAACAUCGAAUUAAAAAUACGCGAAUAAUCUUUCCAUAUCUCGUUGAUAAGAGCUAUUGUGUUAAUUUUCGUUGGAUCUUUUUGUAUUAAAUUUUUCGUAGAUUAUUAUGCUCAAAUUGAAUUAAAAAAACGUAAAAUCAAAGCUCGGACUGUGUUAAUUUCGUUUUUCCGAGGAGAACUUGAGACUUGAAUUGUGCUACUUAAUAUUGUUGUUUUGAGAAAAAGUUCAAAAGGUAAAUUUUAUUGAUCGAAUUAUAUGGUGAAUCAACACAGAAUCAAAUUGUGAUUAUCUACGAAUCAAAUUGUGAUUAUCUACGAGUCAAAUUGUGAUUAUCUACGAGUCAAUCCAACAGAUCACUGGAUCAAUUUUGGUUAUUAUCAUCCUCAAAAAACGGUUCGAGAUCCUCUGAAUAUUUAAGGAGAUAGUUGUCAUUUGCUAUUCGAGGGAAGUUUGGUUGACUGUUGCAUUUCAAAGAAUUGUCUGAAGAUUGGUGAUUAAUUUCGUUUCGAAGAUUGUUUGGAGAUUGGUAAUCGGUUAAAUUCAAAGAUCAUUGGUUCAAAGGUCCAGAUCCCCCCUUACAGUACCUAUUCGGAUUCUCUUUCUCGGAACUUAUUAAUUUUUCGAUAACACUGAAAAUGAUGAAUGUGUUGAACGAUAUCGUAAAAAUUGUGAAACAAAUUCGUGGCAAAGAGAACAUCUUCGGAUACAAAUCGACGAUCGCGAAUCAGUUCUAUUUGGUGCACUGUUUCUUGGGAGAAAUAUACUUCAGCACUACGUUUCACCGGCACACCAAAUUAUUUUUGUUUUCGUGGCAAAUUUCUGGAUUUUUGGCGGGCUGUAUUCAACCAGUAUCUUAUUUAUUUUAUGGUGGUAACGAAGAUGCAGGUGCGUUCUUAUACACGAUAUUCGUAAUGAUGAUAGUUAUAUUUUGCUACGUUCUAGUGCCAUACACCUCGGUGAUUCGCUACCGCAGUGAUUUGCUCGACGUGAUUCAAAUAGCGGAUCGUAUUAUUAUGAAAAGGGAGCUGGAUAGUCCUAAAACGGAAAAAGAAUUGAAUUUGGGGAGAUGGAUCAAGCACAUGUUUCUAUGCUACUGUUUAACUCUUUCGGUAUAUUGUUUUGUUUGUUAUGCGAGUGUAUUGCUUUUUUAUGAAGAGGAAAAGGUUAAAAACCAUACUUAUUACCUCGUUCAUCCACCAAAAAUCGAGCAAUACGGAUCGUUGCCAUUUUUCCUGAUUUUUAGCAGCGUAGUAACUUUAGCUGGUUCGUCUUUAUUCUUAUGCGUUCCCAUGAUCUCAUUCAUUUUUAUAUUUUGCGGUAUUGUAUUUCACAACGAAAUACAAAAAAUCAUCGAAGACCUAAAUUUGCUGAGCUCAGAUGCCAUGACAAUUGAAUCUUACAAAAGCAUGCAACCGAAAUUCAAAAACGCUAUCGUCAAAUGUGUCAAAGAUUAUCAACGCGCUACCAAAAUGAUUCAAUGUUUUCGGGGAUUUUAUGAAACAUUGGCAGCUUUUUUAUUACCAUGUAUACUUUUUAUUGAGAUCACUCAUGCUUUUCUCUUCCUAUCACCCAAUGUCUUAAUCACAGUGAGAGUAAGAGAACUAUCCGUGUUUCUCAUCACAAUUCAAUGGGUAUUUAUCCUAUGUUGGAUGGGAGACAUGCUGGAUAACUCAGUAAGUACCUAAUAUUUGUAAAAAUCUUUUUAAAAAAAACUAUGAAACUAUACAAAUAGUAACUUGUAACUUUAGAUGAAAUUUUAAUAAUACAUUUUCCAACAGGUACAGGCAUUGAGUUUUGCUGUAUAUUCUACACCCUGGUACUGGUCCACAUUGUUGCGUAAAAAUAUUUACAUACUCCUGUGUCAAACUCAACGACCA